ACGCGUUCCGGACGCCUGUCACCGUCCCCUCCAUCUUGAACGGGGGUUGGGGGAAGAGGAGGCAGGCUCUUCUUCCCGCACAUCCCUGCCCCGAGGAGAGGAGCUGCGGCAGCCGGGCUCAUGGCGUUCAGCCCUUGGCAGAUCCUGUCCCCCGUGCAGUGGGCGAAGUGGACGUGGUCUGCCGUGCGCGGCGGGGGCGGCGGCGAGGAUGAGGCCCCGGGGCCCCAAGGCGACCCUGAGGAGGACGACUCGCAAGCCGAGACGAAAUCCCUGAGCUUCAGCUCGGAUUCUGAAGGUAAUUUUGAGACUCCUGAAGCUGAAACUCCCAUCAAAUCACCUCUCAAGGAAUCCUGUGAUUCACAACUGGGACUGGCAGGUCCUGGGUCCAUAACCCAAGAAUCACAAGAAGCUGAGGAACAGCUGGUAGCAGAAGUGAUUGAAAAAUGUUCAUCUGAAACUUGUUCUAAACCUCCGGAAAAUGAGGUACCACAGCUGGCCACUGAUACUCAUCCAGUCCAGGAUGGCAAAGAAGAACCUGAACACGAUACUAGCAAAAUCUCAGUAGUGAGGCCAUAUUCGAUAGGAACCAAGAAUUCCAAAGAUAUCCCAGCAUCUCUUGGAACAAAAGCAGCCUAUGGCUGUGUAACUGAAGUCUCUGGGGAGGUUUUGCCUUCCAUCCCACCAGAAGUCAUCCAAGACAAGGCAAUGACAGAAGGCAACAUGGGGGUUACACUUGAAGCUUCUACAGAAGUGGAUCUAAAGGUCAGCAGCUCCUGUCUAGAGCCUGUAACCAGUAGAAGCAAACUAAGAAAGCCUAAACCUGUCUCCCUGCGGAAGAAAGCAACUGGAGGAGAGUUUUCAGAAACAGAAACUUCCAGGGAAGGCAUACCUAUUCCCAAGUCAUCCUCCCAGUUCCAAUCAGAUGAAUCUGAUGAGAACACACCUGUGCUGGGUGGUACCAAGAACCAGAAAUCUCCUCCUGACUGGAAAGAAGCUUCUGGCACUCUGAGUAGUGACACCAAUGACUCGGGAGUUGACCUGCAGGAAGAGUCGAAGAGUUCACCUCUCAAACUCCAGUUUGAUUUCAUAGAAGUAGAAAAUGGAGAGGCCAGGAAAGCCCUUCCAAAGAAACCUGGCAAGAAACCAGGAAACAAACUGAUGCCCAAGAUACAAAAAGAUGGCAUCAGUAAACUAGUAGGGGUAGAACAGACUGUAGAGCCAACAACCAGAGACACACCCUUCUCCCAAGCAUCCCCUAAGAGAGAACCAACUCAAUGGGAUCACCCCAACUUUAAUUCCUUUGGGAGCCACUCCAUUCUGCAGAAAUCCCCACCUCUGUCCUCUAAGGGCUCCUACCACUUUGACCCAGAUAACUUUGACGAAUCCAUGGAUCCCUUUAAGCCAACCACAACUUUAACAAGCAGCGACUUUUGUUCUUCCACUGGUAAUCAUGUUAAUGAAAUAUUAGAAUCACCUAAGAAGGCAAAGUCUCGUUUAAUAACCACCACCUGUGAAUAUAAAAAGCUAGAGGCACAGCUCAAGUGAUUAGAUGUCUGCUCUUAAAUUUGCCAGGAUGAAGGAGCCGUGAUCUCCCAGAUUCCAGACAUUUCUAACAGAGAUGGUCAUGCGACUGAUGAGGAGAAACUGGCAUCCACAUCAUGUGGUCAGAAAUCAUCUGGGGCCGAGGUGAAAGGCAUAGAGAAAGAGACUUGCCAGAAGAUGGAAAAAGAUGGCUCUACUGUGCUUGGAAUGUUUGAGUCUUCUGCAGACAAGGCCCCAGUAUCCGUAGAGUGUGGAGGUGAGAGUCCCCUGGAUGGGAUCUGCCUAAGCGAAUCUGAUAAGACAGCCGUGCUCACCUUGAUCAGAGAAGAGAUAAUCACUAAAGAGAUUGAAGCAAAUGAAUGGAAGAAAAAAUACGAAGAAACCCGACAAGAAGUCUUGGAGAUGAGGUUAUCAGUCCUAAAAUAUUCAAAGACUCUCUAUUGUUUGCUAGAAGAUGAACAGAGGACAAGCAUGACUUCUCAGAAGAGCUUUCAGCAGCUGACAAUGGAGAAGGAGCAGGCCCUGGCUGACCUGAACUCUGUGGAAAGGUCCCUUUCUGAUCUCUUCAGAAGAUACGAGAACCUGAAAGGUGUGCUGGAAGGCUUCAAGAAGAAUGAAGAAGCCUUGAAAAAAUGUGCUCAGGAUUACUUAGCCAGAGUAAAACAAGAGGAGCAGCGGUACCAGGCCCUGAAAAUCCAUGCAGAAGAAAAACUAGACAAAGCCAAUGAAGAAAUUGCUCAGGUUCGCACCAAGGCAAAGGCUGAGAGUGCAGCUCUCCACGCUGGACUCCGGAAGGAGCAAAUGAAGGUGGAGUCCCUGGAGAGGGCUCUUCAACAGAAGAACCAAGAAAUUGAAGAACUGACAAAAAUUUGUGAUGAGCUGAUCGCAAAACUGGGGAAGACUGACUGAAAUUCCUCCCAUUUGCUCAGCAGAUCUGCCAUGAUUACCUUGCCUUACCCAGGAAGAAUUUGUCCCUUUUCAGAGAGAAAAAAAAAAAAGCACAUCCUCCUGCUGCCUGUCCUGCUUUGCUGCUGCCAGUGCAACAGCCCUGGAAGACCCUGGAGGCCAGCCCUUCAGGAAGGAGCUUCACCUGCUGUGCCAGGCUCCAGGCUCCCAGGUGUGGGUUCCAUCACACAGGCCGCUGAGUCUGUUUGUGAUUUCUCUAUCUUUAGUUCAUCUUCACACCAUUUUCUUUUCCCAUGCUUAAUUUCUGAUUUUGUGGCUAUUGUUUGGGCUCCUAUCCUCCACUGUUCAACAUUUUCACGACCUACUUAAUCUUUUGAUUUUUAGGAUCAGUGGAUUUAUUGCAGGGGAUAAUUUCACCUCUUGUUACUUCUAGUUAUAAAUAAGGAGCUCUGAGUACUUUUAUGUACAUACUCCUAUCUGUACAUGUGUAUCUAUAUAUGCUGCUACUUUUCCUGAAAGCAUAAUUAAAUGAGAACUUUUCUAUAGAAGAACAUACUUCCAUAUUUAAAACCCUACUUUAAAACAGAGCCCUGACUCCAAAUGCCAACUUAGCAAUUUUAGGGUCUGAACACAGUGUUAUGUGUCUAGUCCCAGCUACUCAGGAGGCUGAGGCAGGCAGAUUGUUUGAACCCAGGAGGCAAAAGCCAGCCUGGGCAACAUAGCGAGAUCCUGUCUCAUAAAUAAAUAAAUGUGUGUAUGUGUGUAUGUAUGGUUAGUUAUGGUAACACAUACAAGAAGUUCCAAGCCAGCCCAGUCAAAACAAGCAAGGACUACAUAAAAACUACAAUACAAAAAUGCCGCGAGUGUGAAUCAGGUGUUAGAGCACUUGCCUAUGCCCAGUCCUGGGUUUAGUCCCCAAUACCCCUUUAUUCCCCAAAUGAGGCUGAAGACUUGGGUUUCAAGCUUGGAGUACUAUUUUGUUACUGUGGUAUUUGGGCAGCCCUCUGCUUUAAUGGGCGUAGUUCAUAGUCCUCAGACUCAGUAAAUGUCUGCUUUCUUCAUAAAUAGCAGUGUGUGCCUCACUCAGAGCUGGGCUUUGAUGAAUCCACCCUGGAAUCACUCUUUCUGCUUUAGUUUUUUGAUACAAAAUCGACAUCCCACUUUUGUUACCUAUUUGAAAUAUGCAAAAAAAAGUCAACCCAUGAAGUGAUUUAGAUGAUCUCACUUAAAGGUAACUCUGGUCCCAUCACUAAUUACUAGGUUGAAGGAACCAGUGGUUGGUUGUCUUUAUUACAUGGUACAUCGUUCUUUCAAUAUUUUUUAAAAAGACAACAAAUGAUUUCAUACUUAAACGAUAGAAUUUUUAGCAAAACAGGCAGAAAAAUAAAUCAUGUGUGCCACUCUGAAAAUCAGCUUACUGGGAAACAUUACAAAAGAUAGUUUGAAUACUGAGGAGGGAAUCAGGAAGGAUGUCCACACAGACAAAACCAGACUCCUCAGACUCAUACUGAAUCCAUUCAGAGUGAUAGAAUGUUAACCCCAGGAUGGAACCUUGUCACAUUAUGCUAGUAAGUUAUUGGACAGGCAAAAUGAAAUGUAUUCAAGUGCUAAAGCACUCUUUUGUCUUAAUGUACACCUCCAAAUCUUAAUAGUGAUGUACACUAUAUUCAGUACCUGUUUUCCUACUUCUCCUGUAAAACUGUUGCAUGAGCCAACUUCAGCAAUGAAUUGUGCCUCCCAGAGAAUCUCUAGAUCUUGCAAAUAAGUAUUUCUUUUGCAGUAUAUUAUUCAUGUGGGUGUAAUCAUUAGCCCCAGGGAGGUUAGUAAUAUUUUUUCAAGGCAGAAUCUAUGUUUUACCAAUAUGCAUUUAUCACAGUUGGUGCUUAGGCUGUAUUUUAAAGCCUAUUGUCUUAACAUUCUGUACAAAAAAAAAAAAACAGCAAUUUUUUUGUGGUUAGAGAACUGGCUUGACAAUCAUUUGGGCUUUGAAAGUAGUCACUGUGGCUUAAUGUAAAUGCUGUGCCAGCAUCCUAGUGUCCAGUGUGUAUUCUGGUAGUAUAACCAGUUUCUUCUUAAUCCUCUGCUACAAGGGAAAUGAGCUUUGCAGUUUGCAGAAAUAGUACAGAAUUAUUUGCUGCUGCGUUUUGGUGACUUAUCUAUGUUUACUUGCUUAAAUAUUGACUUAUUUUAAUACAAAAUGUCUAUAGUGGUCUCCAGUAUACAUCCAUAAUCAUCUUUUUUUUCUUGUAAUGCCAGGCAAGUGUUGUGUCGCUGACCUAUAUUCCCAGCCUUAUAGUCAUCUCUUUGAGCUUAUUGUGUAUUUUGAUAUAUGUCAUGUGAGAAAAUGGGCAACAACAGUUUUUCCCUAGCACAUUGGUGGAAGAAACUUAAAAACUUGACCCCAGUGAAUGAAGUUGCUGCUCAAGGGAGCUAGCAAGGGCGCUUGGUAAGUAGGAUUUGCUACCAGCCUCUCAAUUGUUAACUAUUAUGAGGAAAUGUUUACCAUUUUGGUUUGACAGAUGGCUCCUCUCCAACAAGAAUAAAAAUGUAGCUUUUACAACUGGCAAAUCAAAAGAAUAUACUAAGAAUGAAAUAUAUUUAUUUUUCUUUAAAAAAUAAGCCUCCUCCCAUCAAAAAAAAAAAAAAGCUUUUAGAACUCUGGAGAGAGUAAGAAUAUAGUCAGGUUUACUUCAUCACAUGUGGAAGCCAAGUUACUUAUUUGUUAGGCAAUAAAAAAGAAAAAAAACAAGCUCAGGGUGUGGUGGUCCAUGCCUGUAAUCCCAGCACUCCAAAAUUGGAGGCAAGAUGAUUGAGAAUUUGUGGUUAGCCUGGGCUGCAAAAAGAUUUUGUGUCUCACAAAACCAAGCGCUGCAAGGGCUAGGAAUAUACUCAGUGGUAGAGCAACUGCCUACCAUGUACAAGGCCCCCAGGGUUCCUGAGUUUUAUCCUCAGUACCUGCAUGCACGCACGCACACAUACACAUUCUCUCUC